AUGUCUGGCGAACGGUUACCAACAAAUUUAUUAGAAGCUAACAUUCAUAAUAGCGAUGAUAAUACUAAUGCUAAUCCUAUAUGGUUACAAUCACCAUCACAUCCGGAUUCAAAUGAAGUGAAUAUGGAGGAAAAUAAUUCUAAAGAAUUAACAGAAUUAUUAUCAAAACUUUUAACUGCAUACAAUAAAUAUAAUGGAAACAAUGAAGCAAGUUCAUUACCGCCUGUCCGUCGAUCAAAUUUUUGGAAACGUUCUAAUUUCUGGCGUAAACGUUCAAAUUUUUGGCGACGAGAUUUGGAUUCUCAAGAAUAUGAACAAUUAAUGUAA